GCAGGAGGUGAGUCCCUGAGGAGACGCCGUGACCUGAGGGCUUCCCUUACUGAGGAGACUUCGUGCUUCCUCUGUCACAAGCGGUGCCCAGGCUGGUGGUGACAACUGGGACGAUGCUCAGGCUUCUGAGACUUGCUUUGGCCUUCUACGGGAGAACGGCCGACCCUGCAGAGCAACAGGGCCCACAGCAGCAGGGGCUCCCACAAGGUGACACCCAGUUGAAAACUGUGCAGGGAGUUGUCACAAGUUUCUGUGGUGAUUAUGGCAUGAUUGAUGAGUCGAUCUUCUUCAGUAGUGAUGUUGUGAGUGGCAACGUGCCUCUAAAAGUUGGACAAAAAGUAAAUGUGGUUGUGGAAGAUGAUAAACCACUUUAUGGAUUCAGAGCAAUCAAGGUGGAUGUUGUGCCUCACCGCCUUUAUGGUGCUGUACCCUCAGACUCAGGAACCAGAGUUUUAAUUGGAUGUGUUACUUCUAUAAGUGAAGAUACUAUUUAUAUUAGUAACAGCAUUUAUUUUUCCAUAGACAUUUUUUCUGAAGAUUUUGUGCCUUAUAAGGGUGACUUGUUAGAAGUUGAAUAUUCCACUGAGCCAGGCAUCUCAAACAUCAAGGCAACUUCUGUGAAGCCCACCCGUUGUAUUCAUGCGGAAGAGGUCUGCAUUACUAGCGUACAUGGAAGAAAUGGGGUGAUAGAUUAUACUAUCUUUUUCACCUUGGAUUCUGUGAAACUUCCUGAUGGAUACAUACCUCAAGUAUACGAUAUCGUCAAUGUGGUCAUGGUGGAGAGCAUUCAGUUCUGCUAUAUUUGGAGAGCGGUUUCUGUCACCCCAGCUCAAAAAUCCAGCAGCGGAUUCCAGGAUGAUGGAGGCCUGGGACGGCCCAAAAAGGAACGUCGGAGCCAAAGCAUUUAA